AUGAACGACCUAAUCUCAAGUUCCUUCAAGAGAUACACAGACCUAAACCAGCAAGUCCAACUCGAUGACAUCGAAUCUCAAAACGCUUCUCUUGACUCAGGAAACCUCGAUGAGUUCUUUGGAUAUGUCGAGAGUGUUAAAGAAGACAUGAAAGCUGUCGAAGAGAUUCAUAAGCGUCUACAAGAAGCUAAUGAAGAGUCCAAGACCGUACAUGACUCCAAGGCCGUGAAAAAGCUUCGUGCUCGCAUGGAUACGAGUGUUUCAGAUGUAUUGAAACGUGUCAAGAUGAUAAAGACGAAGCUCGUGGCUUUGGAGAAAUCGAACGCUGCUCAGAGGAAAGUCUCUGGUUGUGGUCCUGGCUCCUCUGCUGAUCGGACCAGAACAUCGGUCGUAAGUGGAUUGGGGAAGAAACUUAAAGACAUGAUGGAUGAUUUUCAGAGACUACGAACCAAAAUGGCUUCUGAGUAUAAAGAAACAGUCGAGAGACGGUACUUCACUGUAACUGGGCAAAAAGCGGAUGAAGAGACGAUAGAGAAGCUGAUAUCAAGCGGAGAGAGCGAACGUUUUCUCCAGAAAGCGAUACAAGAGCAAGGUCGGGGACAGAUCAUGGACACGUUGUCAGAGAUUCAAGAACGACACGACGCGGUUAAAGAGAUAGAACGGAGUCUGUUGGAGCUGCACCAAAUUUUCCUCGACAUGGCAGCUCUCGUUGAAGCUCAAGGGAAUAUGCUCAACGACAUCGAAUCAAAUGUCUCAAAGGCAAGCUCUUUCGUCAUGAGAGGGUCUGAUCAGUUGCAGGGAGCUAAAGUACUUCAGAGGAACUCGAGGAAAUGGAGUUGUAUCGCCAUUAUACUCGCUAUUGUUCUUGUCAUUGUGAUUCUUUUCCCGAUCCUCUAUACAUCCAUACUUAAACCUUGA